CAGGGAGGGGUAAACCAGAGAGACGGCACUGAAGGAGCAGUUCGCGCCCAUCUGAACAUACGCCCGAUCCUCAGGCCCCAGGUCCUGGGAGCUCGUGCUGGGAUCCAAGCUCUCUCCCUCCAGGGGCCCCGUGCAGAUGCUGUGGCUGCUGUUUCUGACCCUCCCCUGCCUGGGGGGCUCCAUGCCCAUGACCCCGGACCCUGGCUCAGGACAUGAGCUGGUGGGCAUCAUCGGGGGGUGCGAUGUCUCAGCCAGGAAGCAUCCGUGGCGGGUCAGCCUGAGGUUCUUCAAUAUGAACCAUGGCCUGUGGCAGCACGAAUGUGGGGGCUCCCUCAUCCACCCCCAGUGGGUGCUGACUGCCGCCCAAUGUGUUGCGCCGGAGGACUUGGAGGCUUGUAGCUUCAGGGUUCAAGUCGGGCAGCUGAGGCUCUAUGACCACGACCAGCUGCACAAGGUGGUUAAGAUCAUCCGCCACCCCAACUUCAACUACAGCCUGUCUGCCAAGGGGGGCUCGGACAUCGCACUGCUGAAACUGGCGGCCCCUGUGCCACUCUCAGAGCUCGUCAGCCCUGUCACCCUCCCGUCUGCUGAACUUCAAGUUCACCCGGGGACAAUGUGCUGGGUGACUGGCUGGGGUGACAUCGCAGACAACUCGCAGCUGGCCCCGCCCUACUACCUGCAGGAGGUGACGGUCCCCAUUGUGGGGAACCAGGUCUGUGACCAGCAGUACCAGGAAUCCUUUUCACAUGACAAUGACCAGGCCAUCAAGGAUGAUAUGCUGUGUGCCGGGAGUGAGACCAGCGGCUUCUGCCAGGGUGACUUUGGGGGCCCCCUGGUGUGCAACUGGAAUUGCACCUGGGUCCAGGUUGGGGUCGUGAGCUGGGGCCAGCCAUGUGGUUGCAGUGACUUCCCUGGGGUGUACGCCCGAGUGACGAGCUACGUGCCCUGGAUCCAGCAAUAUGUCCCUCUGCUCUCCAGGCCCUAGACGGGGCCGGGUGGGGUCUUUAUAAUGGGGAGACCCUCAAUCCUCCUUGUCUCUUGGGAUUCUGUUUUUCCUGGGGGGGGGGAGCAGGUGUGGGGCCCCAGAGGUGGAAAAAAAUCCCAGGAACCACAGAUGAUGGCUUGUGAUUUGAUUCUCAUUAAAGGA